AUGCGAACCGUCAAGAAACUACUUUCGCCCCUGCUAUCAUGCUUCGGUGUCCACAGCCAUGAGGAUGAGUACGAGGCUUCCGACCUCAAGUCACUACCCCAUCCUGCUUCGGCUUCGUCAAUAUCCUUGCCAGCGAACACCGUGCCCCAUUCGGUUGACCAUUCCGGCUCGCAUGCUGCGGAUACAGAUGCUCUGCGGCAGAUAUUCAGGUCAUCUUCCUCCGUCCGAGGCUAUCAGACUGCUUCCAGACGACAUGAACGUUCACGUCCGAGAGAAUCUUCAUUCGACGCCGAUUUCAAGUUCGGAGCCGGGCAUUCUGAUGAUCACAAGCAGCCAGGCCGCAUCGAGCAAUUUGGAAAACACAUUAGGCAGAAAAUGUCAGAGUCACGACUGAGUAAGAGCAGUUCUAGAAUGCAAGGUGAAUCGGAAGAUGCUGGUCGGUUGGCCAAAUUACCCCAGCCAAUGCCAUUGGAAGUAGAGCACCAUGAAGCAGCCUUGAGUCAACGUUCUACGGGACUCCUGGAGCUACUCAUGUCCGGAUCAGGCAGUCAAGGUGGCUACGACAGCGACGCCAAAAGUAUCCAAAGUACAAUGCUAAAAUGUAGUGACGGGACCCUCAAAUUGAGCCCAAAAGCUGCGGAGGUAUUACUGCGCACUCCUUCCGAAAAGUCCUCCAUCAAACAUGACCUCGUACGAAGUUCUCCUACGAAGCCGACCGCACGUUCAGCCCUUGGAUGCACAUCACCUUCCACUCCCUCUGGGUCAUUGUUGUUUUUGGAUGGACAGACUGAUUCUACCAACAAGCCCCCUGAGCAGUCGGAUGAUGUUUUCAACGACGGUGUCGUCGACCUGCCUCGGCUGCACGCUUGCGCGACCACCGAAUUGGACUCAGUCAACCUCGAGGCCCCCAACUUGGACCUUCACAAGGAUGAAGAUGCUCCAGGGUUUCAGAAAAGAAUGAGCGAUAUAAUUGACGUUGGGAAAGGAGCCAGUGGUGUUUCAACGGCAGACCACAACCGGAGCAGCCUGGUCUCCAAUCUCGACACGAGCUUGAUCAACGCAAUAGCUCAUUUUGGGGAGCCCGGGUCAGCAGAGAUUGCAGCUUCUGGAGAAGAGAGGCCAGGAGUCACCCUGGAUCAGGCAAACCCGGCCACUGGUGUUGCAUCUUCCUCUCGUACCGCCAUGAUACCCAGCAAAGAUGAUGGGUCAGGCAGGGACGUCGCCUGCGUGGACGAGUCCGACUGCAAUUCCAUCCAUCUUUUCAACAUGCGGAUCUCGCAGAGAUUGGCAAGCCCAUCAUUUGUCGCUGGAAGCUCUCGCCCGGAUACUAGCCACACCACUACGAAUCUCUCCAACGAGAACUCGAUAGAACACUGUCCACAUCUGAGUUCGCCAUCUAGUAACACGGCAGGUACCACAACCUCCGAACACAAUCGCCUCCCGUCAGAUCCACAAACGAAGCGUCUCUUUGAGAAUGAGACCACUGGAGAUACACAACGACAGGUAUGGAGACCUAGCACGUCCAGUACCUAUCUCUCGCAAUACGGGGGACGUCGACCAAUUGUGAGUCGAGGCGAGGCCUCCUCCUGCUAUUGCAGUGAUGACGAAGAUGGCGAACUGGACGAACGAAACGGUAGCUUACCGCGGAGGAACCCGAACAGCAUCGCAAUUGGUGGUAGGUCAGAAUCUAUGAGUCUUCCUCUUCGAUCAACCAAUCCCAGCAUGAGUCACUUCACUCUGCCCGAGGAGCGUGCCUGGUUUGGCAGGCUCUCGUUACAGCAGCAACGAGGUGCUAUCGACGAGCAGAAACUUGGUCGACUCAUCAGCCGCCACAGAAGCGUAAGUAUGCCAGACAAAACUGCCGAAGGAAGAAUAACGGGGCCAACAAUUGCCGCAAGACAACAAAAGGACUCCACCGAAGCUGACGAAGCUUUAAGUGAAAUCAGUUACGGGAAGUUGCAAGAUGCCAGAAGAGAACAACUCACGGAGAUUAGUGCGCAGGAGGCUCAGGACUCCUUCAACGAGAGACUGAGCGAGAUCGAAGUUCCACAAAAGGACAUGCUAGUCAGGUCAGAGAGUCGUUCUGGGGCUCACUGUUUACCAUUGUGGUCAAGUUCCCGACAAUGCUCAACAGCUUCUGACGUACCACUUGAUGGUCGAUGCGAUAAGCCUACUUUGCAUGAAUCAACCACCGACAUCUGGAGGAGGACUCUGAAACGUGCUCUAGAUGAGCCGGCUGACUAUCCCAUGGGCACCUUCCUCACCGCACCCAAGUUUGACCGCGAUGGAAGGAGAAGAAGUGUAAGGUCAAGUCUCGGUAACAGCAACUCAAAUCCAGAUAUCCCCGCCCAUCCCUCAGCAGCCCCAAAAAGGGCAGUCAAUGCGCUUCGGUCACGACAACGACUUUCUGUGUCUGAAGAGAUACCCCGAGAUAACCCUGAACGGCAUCAUGAAGGAAUCCUUCCGAAGAGAAGCAUCGCCUUUAAGGAGACACGACCAGCGGCUGAGGCCCUUUCGAUCGAAAAAAAUCGCAAAAAGAGCCUACUUGAUUUUGGAAAACGGUUUGCCAUACCAAGUUCCGCAGAUGAUGAGCCAGGUAGCUUGAGCUCGAGUACACCUUUGAAAGAUCUGUUUGGAGCUUGGAGUCGUUUUCCAAGUCAUACAAGAAAUGAAAGAUGUGGACCAGCAGGGACCAAUGAUGGUGUUAUUGUCAGGGAUUUUGCCGAAGGCGUGUCAUAUGAUGUUGAUGCUCCGAAUUCAACACCAGAGACGGCAUGGGACGGGUCUUUGACAUCCCGAGGGAUGCAAACGCCGAGAGGUUCACUGAAACUGUUAUAUUUUGGCCGCAAAAGUCGCAUGGACAAAGGAAAGACGAGAAGCAUGCCUCUCCCCCGGACUAUCGACCAGAGUCCGGCAUUUCGUGCAAAGAAAAGCCGCCGAGGUCUCGUCGGAAAAUGGAAGAAAAUCUACAGAAGCAGCAGCUCGGAUCUCAAGGUGUAUAUCGGCCAAUACGGUCAUCGAAGCAGUAUCAGCCUUGGUUUGAAGGCCAAGAAUCCGGACCUUGAAUCUAUUCCAGGGCUAGACCACUUUCGUGGUCAUUCAGAUUCGGACGCCGCAAAAGAUGGCCACAAAUGUGAGGCUACCACACCGAUGACCAAGGGUGAAGCAACACCCUUGAACUUUGAACCAUGGACCCAAGUAUACAAAGACUGCGUUGGUAGUCUUUCAGCGCUCCGAAGCGAUGCUGACAUAGGCAGCAUGAGUGAGUGGACAGACCAAGUUUGCGAAGGCAAUGAGACGUUACACAGGUUGUUGAGCACUGAGCUUCGAGACAGCACCACCAACUUUGAGACUCAACCUGGGAAAGAGUUGGAAACUGCCAGAAAAGGGCUAUUGAGGAAGAUUGAGAAUAGCAGUCAAGGGCACAGGCUGGAAGUGCCAAAGAUACACCUGAAACAGGACUAG